CGGAAUCCGACAGUUCGCUCUCUUACCCCGCCGCACCCUUCUUCAUCCUCCGCUACUCUCUGAUGAUUGAGGCCGCCCCCUGUUCGAUCGGGCAUCUUUUUUUUUUAAGGUUUCGAGCUCUGGUGGGUAAUCUGAGCAUUGCGGCAUGCAGGUUUUCCUUCCUAUUCAACAAUGAUGCAAAGUGAAGGCGUCGGACCUACAGUCGGCAGUAGUUUAGGCAUUCGACCUCUGCACGGGAGAACAACUGGGCCAACAAGACGUUCAACGAAGGGUCAGUGGUCACCAGAAGAGGAUGACAUUUUAUGCAAGGCUGUUCAACGAUUUAAAGGGAAAAACUGGAAAAAGAUAGCGGAAUGCUUCAAAGACAGAACAGAUGUACAGUGUUUACACAGGUGGCAGAAAGUUCUCAACCCAGAGCUUGUCAAAGGUCCAUGGUCUAAAGAGGAGGAUGAAAUAAUUAUCGAGUUGGUGGAUAAAUAUGGUCCAAAGAAAUGGUCCACCAUUGCACAGCAUUUGCCAGGGCGGAUAGGAAAACAAUGCCGUGAAAGGUGGCAUAACCAUCUUAAUCCUGGAAUAAACAAAGAAGCUUGGACACAAGAGGAGGAAUUAGCUCUCAUCCGUGCUCAUCAAAUUUAUGGAAACAAGUGGGCAGAGUUGACGAAGUUUUUGCCUGGAAGGACUGACAAUGCAAUUAAAAAUCAUUGGAACAGCUCAGUGAAGAAAAAAUUGGAUUCAUAUUGUGCAUCAGGUUUAGUUUCACAGUUCCCAUCUUUGCCUAACGUCAAUAAUGCCAGCCAGAUGUUGCCUCCCGCUUCAUUGAAGCUACAUCAAAGUAGUGAAGAUAAAAGUAGUUGUAGAGAGGGAAAGGAAGUGGAUGAAGUUUCAGAAUGUAGUCAAGGUUCACCUUUUGUGUGUGGUUCUCAAUCUACAAGUGAAAUGGGAAACACAUUUGUACAUACAACAAGUGAGGACAGGCCUGAGAAGGGGGGAAUAAAGGAAGAUUCAAGUUAUAACAAGGAUCAAACAGCGUGUAAUGCCCUUCAAGAAGUAGCUUCUACUUCACUGCCUCAAAUCCAAAGUAAUAACGAUAAUUCUCAAUUUAUCGACCAAACUGCCAUGAAUGAAAUUGGUGCUUCUGCUUUGAGAGGUUGCCAACUUAAUUCAGAUGAUAUACCCCAUUUAUCUGCACUUGAUUUGAUCCAGGUCCAAUCAGGAUUCUACAUGCAUUUUUCGACUAGCUGUGAAGACCAUGGAGUGCCCAUGCUGCAAAAUGCUAUGGACAUGGGUAUCAUAAAUCACAUAGAAAGUAUAGCUGCGAGUUCUGAUACUCAAGAUAGCAUGUUUAACAUGGAAAGUGGCCAGUGUGGAAAUUUAUAUACUGGAAGAGCAAACCAACAUUGUUUUCCCUCUGGAAAUGAUAUUAGUGGUGUUGAAGAAUCAGCAGAAUCAGGAGGGGUUCUUCAACAACCUUUAAACUAUCAGAUUCCUGAAGCUGACAAUACUAUCAGGUCAAAUAUUUGUGGAACUUCUGCCUAUCAAUCUUUUUCCGUUCCUGUUAUGUUUUGUGUUGAUUCACACCAAUUCAUCGAUUCAUCAUUUGAGAAUCGAAGGCAAGAUGCAAUUACUUGUGGUGAGACCAGCCAUGGCGCGAAAGGCCAACUAGAUCAGUACAUUCAAGAAAAUGAGGCUCUAACAAGGUUAGUUCCUUCGAAUGAUUCUAGUCAAACACCAUCAGAUAGCUUUCAUACUAGUCCCGUCAAUGAGCGACCACAUGUUGUAAAAGAAGAGAAAAAAGAGCCAGGAACUUUGUGCUAUGAGCCUCCUAGAUUUCCAAGCGUGGAUGUUCCUUUCUUCAGCUGUGAUCUUAUACAAUCUGGUACAGACAUGCAGCAAGAGUACAGUCCCCUUGGUAUCCGCCAGCUGAUGAUGUCAUCUAUGAACUGUCCUACUCCGUUUAGGUUGUGGGAUUCACCAACAAAAGACACUAGUCCGGACGCUGUCCUGAAAAGUGCUGCCAAAACGUUUAGCUGUCCGCCUUCUAUAUUGAAGAAAAGGCAUCGUGAUUUGGUCUCACCAAUGUCAGAAAAGAGAAGUGAAAAAAAACUCGAUUAUGAUCAUUUGAGUCGUGACUUUUCGGAUCUGGCAAGGAACUUUUCUCGGUUGGAAGUGAUGGUUGAUAUUGGGGGCAAAGAGAAUGGAACCACAUCGUCUCCAUUGUCAACCCAAAAACUUAUAUAUGAAGAUUCCAUUGAAGACAAAGAAAAUAUGGAUCCGGCGUUUGAAGGAACCACCACAAAGAGCAUUAAAGUUGAAGCAGAUGAUGAUGCCGCCAUACACGUGAAACAAACUAAUGGUGUUCUGUUGGAACGUGGUAAAGAUGACCCUGUAUUCCUUUCUCCUGAUCGAUUUGGAUCUAAGGGUGGUAGAGCAAUGACUUCUCAGACAACAACUAAAGGUCUUGGAACCCCAUUUCUGAAUCGAUUGGAAACUGGAUCCAACCAAGGCACUGUUUCAACUUCAUCUGAGGCUCCAUCUUUUUCAAUUGUUUGUUCUCCUCGCAUUUAUGCAAAAAGAGAGGGAAGUAACUUUGUUGUAGCAACGUCUGUGCAGUCUGUUCCUGCAUCAGAGAAUGCUGGUGACAAUUCUGGAAAUGGAGUUGCUGUUGACAACAACAAUAUAAGCAUGUUUGGGGAGACUCCUUUUAGGAGAAGCAUAGAAUCUCCAUCUGCAUGGAAAUCUCCCUGGUUCCUCAAUUCUUUUUUGUCCAGUCCUAGGAUUGACACAGAAAUAACAUUGGAGGAUUUCAAUUUCCUUUUUAGUCCUGGGGAGAGAAGCUAUGAUGCUCUAGGGUUGAUGAAGCAAUUAAGCGAGCAGACUGCUGGUACAUUUGCAGAUGCGCAGGAAAUACUGGGAGACGAGACUCCUGAAAGUAUACUCCGUGGAAGAUGCUCCAAAAUCCAGCAGAAUGCCGAUGAUAGUUCUUCCAUAUUUUCAUCUAAUGCUUUGACAGAGAGGCGGACACUUGAUUUCAGCGAAUGCGGGACCCCCGGUAAAAAAGCAGAAACUGGGAAAAUCUCAAGUGGUGGUAGUGGCAGUGUUGUUUCGUCAAGCCCGUCGUCAUACUUGUUGAAAGAAUGCAGGUAGCUACCCUGGUGCCUCUCUGUUGUAUCAUACAUAUACUGUAUCAUAAAGAGUCAUUAUAAUAUACGUACGUGUGUGCGAAUUUUCAUUGAGUUUA